AUGUGCGGCAGAUUCUCUUUACGUGUAGAUCGUGGCGACAUACAGCGCUUGCCUGGGCUGGAUAUUGAUGUCGACGAAUGGGUGGAUGAAGAAGAGUUUGUCCCGAGAUAUAAUAUCGCUCCACGUACACAAGCUCCUGUUAUUCGGCGCAGGGACAGAAGCCCUUCUUCCUCGUCCUCAUCCUCUUCUCAGAAUAAUGAUAGCUUGAUUAUGCAAACCAUGAAAUGGGGUCUAGUUCCUCACUGGAGCAAAGUCGAAGACAAGUCGUUAAACACCACAAACGCGCGGUCUGAGAACCUCAUUGCUGGUGGCGGUAUGUGGGCCAGUAUCAAGGGCAAGCAGCGCUACUACGAAUGGCUGACGAAAGGGAAAGACAAGCUCCCACAUUUCACCAAACGCAAGGACGGGAAACUAUUGCUCAUGGCUGGUCUCUAUGACUCAGUUGUAUUGGAAGGAAAAACUUUAUGGACGUUUACUAUUGUCACCACUGACGCGAACAAGGAAUUCUCGUGGCUGCAUGAUCGUCAACCAGUGUUUCUCACCACUCGUGAAGCAUUAUACCAGUGGCUUGAUACAUCAUCACAGACUUGGACUCCGAAGCUCACUGAGAUGGUUCAGCCAUAUUCUGGAUCUGUCCCUUUAGCAUGCUAUGCUGUUCCGAAGGAAGUAGGCAAGGUUGGGACAGAGUCGCCGACGUACAUUGAACCUAUUACAGAUCGUAAAGACGGCAUUGAAGCCAUGUUUUCAAAGCAGAAGCAAAAGGCUUCUCCGACUAAAACUGCUCCAACUAAGAGGAAGGCCGAGUCUAUAACCCCAUCUCCAGAUACGAAAGGUUCUCAGCCUGUGAAAUUGGAGGACGACCAUCCAGACGAUAAGAAAAUCAAAUUGGACCAUGGGGAUGAUUCAAAUCAACCACUUGAGGAAAAAAAGACAUGCAUGUCGCGGGAACCGAUAUCUCUUCCAGACCAGAAACCUGUGCCAAGGCAGCUUAAACCAUCUCCGAAAAAGUCAUCUGCCAAGAGUAAAGCACCUCCAGGAAAUAGCAAGAUCAGCUCAUUCUUUGCGAAAGGCUGA